AUGCACUCGGAAUUGAAAGCCUAUGCUGUUCUUGUUGCUUUUACCCUCCUUGGAGAGCUUGGUCCCUUUCGAGGCGCGUACAGCUCCGUCGAGGACGAAGUAGCGGCAUCGCAUUCCCUCCAAGAGGUUCUUGAUUUCCCAACUGUAUCAUAUUAUGACUCACUCGUAGGAGAGCCUUUAACGGGAGGGCACCACCGUGGUAUCGUUGAUAUGUUUUCCGGUAGCUCCACUGAGUGCUUCAACGGAGGUGUGCCCCCGACGAAUGGGGAUUCGAACUGCACCUGUCCCGCGCGAAGCAAAUUUUCAGGUCUUAAGUGUGAGAUGUGCCAGACAGAUGGUUCGUGUGAUUCCAUCGCAGGUCCGCAAAGUGUGUGCGAGAGGAGGCUAGCAAUUUGGGGAUCAAACAAGCAGUUCGAGUGCUCAUUUAACACGCCAUUCUUCAUUAAGCAAAUGGGUGGCGGCCGCGAUGUCGAGGCCCUCGUGACUCUCAAUUGCUCAACACCCGAUGGCACCGCCUUUCAUGAGAGUAACUCCGGUACCUGCGAGAUGACAUUGUUCCGGGUGGAACCAAAGCACGAAUAUGUAGAUCCAUUUUUUAGUUGUUCGGUGGAACAGUGCACGAUGCACCUCGAGGAAAUCAAAACGAACAAGGCAAAUAAAACACCAACCAACUCAAACAUCAUCUCGAAGGCGGGCCUCAUUGCAUGGCGGGUGCUCAUUGUCGCAUUGUGCCUGCUACUGGCGAUGCUGCAGUGCGUUUCACCCAAGGUGGGUCGCGGACGAACGGCGAAGCUUUUGUAUGUGCUAGCUUGCCUGUUGGUAGCGGUGACAUUACUUUUUAUACUCGUGAUGGUUCUCAACAUGCAUCAGGGGACACCGGAACUCAAUGCCGUGUACGAGUGUAAUAAAACACAUUGCGACUGCUCGGAGGAUCCACCGAAGGAGUAUGGACCAUUUUGCUCAGGAACGGUUAUGAAAAAAUUUAUACUUCCGCAGAUCAAAAACUCUAUCAAGAUAGUUUGUAACUUGCAGGAUAAGACGUGCAGGCUGACGCUAAAGGACGUUAAAAUCAUUAUUGACUUAAACUGCACAGCCAGUGAGUGCACAAAUAAAAGGAAGUUUCCCAACGGACCGUCGCUGCCGGUACCGGCAGAUGAUAAGGCACAACGGGCACUACUCACUUUCAUUGCCCUCGGUUUUUUGGUGUUGUUGGUGCUGUUUGGUUUGCAUGUUUUGUGGGUCCUUAGGAGGACGCAGAAAAGAAAGGCCGAAUUCGUUGAUAGGUUUGGACUCCCAGAGUUGUGGACUCAAGAAGGAGAAGAAGGUGUGCCAGAAACGCGUUGCAACGGCCAGGGGUGGGGGGUUGCAACGCAACGGCAGCGGCGGCACGAGGGAGGUGCAGGGGGCUUGACUACAGCACGAAGCGCAAUGUCCAUCGGCGAAGCCGGUGGAUCAGCGCAGAGAAGUUGUAGUGGUGAUAUGCCCAGCUUAAGUGAAUCCGAGAGGCACUUCACCAGCAACACUAACCGACAUGACAAGAAGGAUUUCAUCCGUGGGGUGACAAAGUCUCCCCUCAAACUACAACUGACUGAUUUGGACUACAAGCUUGAGUCCUCUUGCUUUUCCAGCAACAAUAACGAUGCAUCACAACAUAUACUGCAGCAAGUAAACUUCUCUGUGAGGUCAGGAGAUGUGCUUGCAAUCAUUGGCCCCUCAGGAGCUGGGAAAACGAGCUUGCUAGACCUUCUGUCGGCACGGAGGAAGCAAGGACGUGUCUUUGGAGAGAUGACAAUAAACAACACCCCGCUAGUCGGUGCCUCCAAUGAGGUUACGGAACAGUAUCGUAACAUCAUUGGUUACGUCUCCCAGGAAGAUACGCUGAUUCCAGCCCUGACAGUAUACGAAACCAUCAAGUACGCCGCCCGGUUGAAGCUACCUCAGGCGUUCUCCAGCGAAAGUAUCAACGGGAUUGUAGACCGUAUGAUUGAAGCGUUGAGAUUGACUCGUUGUAAGGACACAGUCAUUGGUGAUGGAACCAAGCUGCGUGGUGUUAGCGGAGGAGAGAAGCGGCGAGUCUCAAUUGCCGUAGAGCUAUUAGCCAACCCGCGUAUCCUCUUCCUUGACGAACCAACAAGCGGUCUUGAUGCUGUCAGCGCCAAACAUGUCAUCGAUGCUGUCGUUCAGCUUGCAAAGGAGUCACCUAUGCGGGCAUACGCACCGCAUUACUUCGCGUUCAGGCCCAUUGUCAUUUUCAGUAUACAUCAACCUUCACAGGAAAUUUACGAGCUCUGUGAUAAAAUUUUGCUUCUUUCACGCGGUAUGAGUAUCUAUUGUGGUCCCGCCAGCUGUGCUGCGGAGACACUUGAGGCACGCGUCCAACGGGUGAUGGGAGGCGUCCAGACAAUCCCACGCCUUGCCGACAACCCGAACCACGCAGAGUAUCUGAUGAAGCUCGAGGAAAUUGUCGACGAUGUGGCACGCGUGGAACUUCAGAGGGAGAACACGGCACAGAUGCUUUCAAGAGACGAGACAUCAUCAGGAAUGCGUCACGAAGAGCAAGCCAUAAUCAGAGGGGACAUCAUCCUCAAGACAACUUUUGGCUUCCGCAGGUAUUAUGCGAAUGUGUACCAGCAAGUUGGGCUGCUAACGUCGCGUGCAGCUCGUUCUCUGCUUACCUCUUCUCAUCUGAUUGUCUGCCACGCUGCAGUUACGGCAUCGGUCAGCACCCUCAUGAUGAUCUUAUAUCACGAGGAGGGGCUGGAUCUCCCAGGAGCCCUUAACCGUGCGGGGUCCGUCACGUUUCUUCUGUUGGUUGUUUCAUUUGCAUCACUAAGCUGCCUUGAGCAUCUGGUCACAGAGCGGAAGCUGUUCGCAGUGGAGCGCGAAAACGGGUAUUACACCACUCUGCCGUAUCUCCUGUCGAAGAUAAUUGUCGACAUCAUACCGCUCCGAGUUCUACCGACGUUGGUGAUGGCAGCGCUCAUCUAUGUGCCCAUGGGGCUUCGGGGGGACAGUGGCAUACACUUAUUCUGGUUCAUCAUCAUUGUGGCACUGUUUUCAGUCUGCAUUACACUGAUUGUAAUGUGUGUGGGAGUUGUUACUGGUUCAUUUGGUUCCGCUGCCCUUUUGAGCAGCGUCGUCAUCCUAUGGAACUUCGUUUUUGGGGGUUUGCUCGUGCAAUCAACAACAGUCCCCGCGGCACUUCGACCGUUCCAGGCAGCCUCGCCUUUCUUUCUUGCCUUUGAAUCUCUAUUGGUGAAUGAACUUGAUGGGCAGGAUUGUACCUUCGCUCCGACAGACGCAACGGGAAAGCCAUCGUCGACAAAUGUACCAAUUUUAUGUGUGCAGUACUUGACCAACAUGGGCCUCACACCCGCACGCUUUACCAGGGAUGUUGGGCAGCUUGCGGUAAUGGUGCUCGUGCUACUGUGCUUGGCGUGGCUACUUCUGUUCCAAUUCACUACUGUCGCACGUUGA